GUAAGUCUUAAAAGUCGAUUAAAUUUCGCAUUGUUGUUGGAAUCGGUGGGCAUGGACGGAUACAACAUCGUAAAGCUGGUCGCCUUCGGAUUGCUGAUCGCGUUGGUCAGCUGUCAGACCGAUUUCCUCGCUUGUACGUGGGACUAUUGCGAAACGCAUCCCUGCAAAACUGUGGAAACUUGUCCGGAAAAUGAGACGCUGGUGCCCACGUAUUGCGGAUGCUGUCACACCUGCGUCCCGACCAUCGGUGAAGGUGGGAGCUGUAUUAUUGUGCGCGGAGUACCACCUACCUCCGUGUGCGACCGGGAGUUGACAUGCUGCAAGGGCACCUGCAAGAAGACGUGCGAAGAAUUUGUAGAAGUCUUUGGCAAUAGAUAAAAAAUAAUUAGAUUACACGUGUCGCAUACGUACGUGGAAUAAAUAAAUUUUAAACAUUUAAAAGAA